UUGCCUGGGGCAGGGGAAUGGUGUGUGAAAAAAGGCCCACAACACUGCAUUCUUGCAGGUUGCUGAACUGCUGGCUCACUUCAGAUUUUGCUGGGAGCCUCUCCUGUGCCUUUAGUAUGAGUUGGACACUGACAAGACUGGAUCUGAGUUACAACCCCCUGGAAGACCAGGGAGCAGCAUUGCUCUUCAGGGUGCUGGAACAUCCUAGCUGCAAGCUUGAGAGUCUGUGCAGGGCCUUGUCUGAAGAAAUGCCAAUCACCGAGGAGUCAUGUGAGGGCCUUGGCUCUGUCCUGGGCAUCAGCCAGACCCUGCAGUGGCUGGAUCUGAGCUUUAAUGCCUUGGGAGACCAUGGCAUGGGGCUGCCGUGUGGAGGCCUGCGGCAGGCCAAUUGCCAAUGGAAGACACUCAGCCUGGCCAACUGCCGCCUCACCCCUGCUGGUGGCCCCAGCAUCUCGUCUGUCUUAAGUGCUUCCAGCAGCAUCGAGUUCCUCUUCCUCAGUGGCAAUGACUUGGAAGACAUGGGGAUUCAGAAGUUGUGUCAGGGCCUGAUUCACCCCAACUGUAAAGUGCAGGAGCUGAAGAUCCAGAUGUGCGGGCUCACCUGGCUAGGCUGUGAGGCCCUGGCCUCAGCACUGCGCUGCUGCCCCAGCCUGAGGCAGCUGGACCUCAGUGACAGCUCCCUGGGGGAGGAAGGCUCAAAGUGGCUUUGUAGGGGCCUGAGGCAGCCCAGUUGUCAGCUGCAGAGAUUCAGGUUAUUCAGGUUUGUCCUGAGCGAGGCAGCCAAGGCUGAGCUGGCAGCUGUGGCCAGAGUCAAGCCUGGCCUGGAGAUCUCCUACAAUAACAAUUGGACUGGGUUUGCUGAGCUCUUCUGA